CUGUUUAUACCAGUUAAAAUCAUAACCUUUAGGAAUAGGUGCAACAACUGUUUUAUUGCGAGAAUGGAGAACUCCAGGGAAAUCGUGAACGGAAAGCUUCUGCUGCGUUUCAAUGGUAAAAAAGUCAGCAUAACAGGUCUGGUAAACAGUUCCAGUCCGGAUGGUUCCUCCUUUGAAAUACAGACAGUCGAUGGAGAGAACAUCAAGAUCAACAUGAAGCAACCCCAUGAUGGUCCUUUAAAUGGAUAUGUCGAAGUUCGUGGUGUUUCUCAAGGGAAGACAGUGCUUUGCGAUGAAGUCAUCGAAUGGGACACUGAUGAUGUUGAAUUCGAUGUGACCUCACAUAAUUCCCUAUGCUCCUUACUGAAUUCCAUCCCAAACUUGUGGGAAUACAAAUAGUUAUUGUUUAAUUGUUUAUCUGUUAUAUUAAUAAACUUAGUUUGUAAUUGAA